CUGGGUCAGCCGCCAGUGCGGUGUUCACCUCACACUGGGUCACACCGUCUUGUCGGGGAGUGCGGGGACGGUCAUCGUGCUGGUGCUCGGGGACAAUCUGUUUUACACAUCUCUCGUGUUAUAAUUCGUGCUGGAAAGUUAGCGUCGGAGUGGUAGACUGUGGAGGAGAUAUACGAGGCAUCGCUCGGGAGAACUGUUGCCAGCGGGGGCUCAGGAGGUCGUGGUUACUGAGAGGGAUCCUGUCUUCACCAGUCUCUCCAACCACUAACAACAGUCUCUGAGGGAACACCAUGGCUGCAUCGUUGCGGGUGGGCGGAUGUGCUGGUGGAGUGGCGGCGGCGGGGCGUCUGACAGUGGCGGCGGCUGCAUGAGGGGCGGCGGCCAGCGGGUGUUGGACACGACGUGUGACGGGGGCCGCCAGUCCCCCGCCAUUCCUUACUCCGCCCACACCAACCAGCCGUAUUCCUGCGUGGUUGUGCCGCACUCACUCACGGCGCCGGCCACCGCCGCCGCUGCCGCAGCCGCCUACGCCUCCCCCCUCUCCCCCCCAGCCUUCCCCAGAGGGGUGCCGCCACCCCCCAUCGGCACGCCUUUAGGCACGCCACCUUCACCUUGUUACGGCAGCUGCAGCUGCGGCGCCUCGACCGCGUCGUCUCCGGGGGCGUGCCGCGUGCACGAACGGGUGUUCACGUGCCCGCCGCCGCCUCCACCCGUGACGUGCGGGGCCACGGAGCGUGAGAGCGUGCUGGGGGCACUCUCUGGGGGUGAUGGGGAUCUAGCCGUGCCCAUUAACGAUGACCAGGAGGUAUGGCACCCUAGGGACGAUACAUCGGAAGAGAUUAAAGAAGAAAGUGUUAAGGAAUUAUUGCUAAGCUGUAGCUUGAAGAGGCAGCGUGACAGUAUGAGUGAGUGUAGUGUAGGGUGCGACCGGUGGAGGGAGCAGGGCCACCACCGCCACGAUGGCCCACCGUGGCCCACCUUGAGUAACGCGCCUUUUGGCAGCUUGCAGAAGCAAGUCUCGAUCAUGAGUCUGAACCUGAGCGCCAAGAUCGAUGAGAUCCAGUGUCAUCAACACGCCGACACCAGCGCUGCUCUCCACGCUAUCAGAUCGCAGCUACAGGAGCUGACUAAGAGCGUUGAGAGCUGCCAGAGCGAGGUGGUGGAGGUGAAGAGAGAUAUGGUAGCUAUCAAGCAUGAGAUAGACACCCUCCAGGCGGCCAAGGAGGAGAUAGAGGAGCUCCGAGAUGCUGUCGACCGUCUGGAGGAGCAGACUAGGCGAAGGAAGAUUCGCUUGCUUGAGCAGGGUCUAACCUGCUUCCUGUGCUAUGCCAUCUUUGCGGCAGUGCUCGGCAUGUUCCAGUUUGGCUACAAUACUGGCGUCAUCAAUGCUCCUCAGUCUGUUAUUGAGAAUUUUAUCGGUGACUGCUGGAAGGAGCGCUACAAUAAAAAUAUAGAAGGCAGCAAGCAAGACUUACUAUGGUCCAUUGCUGUGUCUAUAUUUGCCAUUGGCGGAAUGAUUGGUGGUUUCUGUGGCGGUUCCGUAGGAAAUAAAUUUGGGAGAAAGAAGGGGUUACUCUUGAACAACCUUCUUGGAGUCGGUGGCGCCUGCCUCAUGGCCUUCUCACAGAUGUCCUACUCCUAUGAAAUGCUCAUCCUAGGUAGAUUGGUCAUUGGCAUUAACUGUGGUCUGAACACAUCUUUAGUGCCUAUGUACAUCAGUGAGAUAGCCCCGCUCAACCUUCGAGGUGGUCUGGGUACUGUUAACCAGCUAGCAGUCACUGUUGGCCUGCUCCUAUCCCAGAUUCUCGGCAUUGAACAACUUCUUGGGAACAGCAAUGCAUGGCCAAUCCUCCUGGGGCUUGCAAUUGUCCCAGCUAUAAUGCAAAUGGUGCUGUUGCCAGUAUGUCCCGAGUCCCCUCGCUACCUGCUCAUGUCCCGCCAGAUGGAGGAUGAAGCACGCAGAGCCCUACGAAGACUACGGGCAUCAACCCACGUAGAGGAGGACAUAGAAGAGAUGAGGGCUGAAGAAGCAGCCAGCCAAUCAGAGGCUCACAUGACUAUGUUUCAGCUGGUGCGGUCGUCAACAUUACGCAUGCCUCUAACUAUCGGUGUUGUUAUGCAACUCUCUCAACAACUGUCUGGCAUUAAUGCGUUGGUGCUGUACUACUCUACAUCACUGUUCACUGCUGCGGGUCUGGAGGAGUGGCAGUCAAAAUAUGCAACCCUAGGUGUGGGGUCAGUUAUGGUCAUCAUGACCUUGGUAUCGAUUCCACUCAUGGACCGUGCUGGCCGACGAACACUUCACCUCUAUGGUCUUGGAGGAAUGUUUAUCUUCUCAAUCUUCAUCACCAUUAGUCUCCUUAUCAAGGAAAUGAUGUCAUGGAUGACCUUCAUCUCUGUGAUAAGCACUCUUUGCUUCGUCAUCUUCUUCUCUGUUGGUCCCGGCAGUAUUCCUUGGAUGAUUACGGCUGAGCUCUUCUCCCAGGGCCCUCGGCCAGCUGCCAUGUCCAUUGCUGUUUUAGUGAACUGGCUCUCUAACUUUAUUGUUGGCAUUGGUUUUCCUAAAAUGCAGGAAGCAUUUGAGAACUACACAUUUUUGCCAUUUAGUGUAUUAUUAGCGUGCUUCUGGGUCUUCACCUACUACAAAGUUCCAGAGACAAAGAACAAGACCUUCGAGGAAAUAUCGGCAAUCUUCCAAAGAGGCGUUGAUAGGCCGCACAGAGAAUACCUGGAUGACCCCAGACUGUACGGGAGUACUUUGAAUUGUGUUAACACCUUGGGGUCGAAGCCCAUGGAGACCGAGCAUGCGGCACUCAUCCGCGAGCUCUCGGGCCGGGCGCAACAACAGUCCUUAAAAAAGAACGGUCUUGCACCCUCAGCACGCUCUGACAGAAGCGAUGGACCCGGCGGCCUGGGGCGACGGGGGAGUGAUGGCAGCAAUUCCUGCGGAGGUAGUAGUAGGGCAGAAAGUGGGGUGAGUAGUUCCCGUGCCUCUAGCCAAGCCUCUAGUCAACCAGACAGCAGUGCUAGCAGUGGGCAAUCUGUAAUUGCCCAGACCCAGACUAUGCCUCAUCCAUCUGAGCCACCUGUAUGACUAGAGGCCACCACGCGGAUGUGAGGACACGCCCAGGGCUCAUGGCCGCCACAGGGCCGGCGGUCUGAGCCCUCUCCGGCACACGUGGUGCCGGAGGACCAUCCUCCCGCGUGGCAUUCGCUCAAGCCCCGAGGCCGUGAGCCAUCAUGGUCACCGGAACCACCACCAUCUCCCGUUCGUGGGCCCCAUGGUGUGCUUCCGGCAAGGCUAAGAGCUAGUCAAGAGGCCCUAGAAACUAAAGAUUGGCCCCCUCCACCCCCAGGAGUUGAAUUAGAUCAGCUUGCAGCUCCUCCUCCCCCACGCGCCUUUAUGCCUGGCACUUGGUCACCUCGGCCUGAGCAUCUACCUCUAACAGCAGCAAGCACUGUAACUGCAAGUAGAGGUGAUCCCCGAAGUCCAGGAGCAGUUGCAGCAGCUGCUGUGGCAGGUGGUGCACAAAUAAUAUAUGAUCAUCAUCCUGUGCGUCAUGCAGUUGAUUGCCCUGCUCAUAGACUGGAUAGUAAACCAGAAAGUGGGCGGACAAGUAGUCGACCUGCCAGUCGGCCAAGUAGUCGACCAGCUAGUCGGCAAGGUAGUAGAACAACUAGUCGGCCUACCAGUAGGUCAGCUAGUAGAUCUGGAAGCAGGUCAGCCAGUAGGUCUGGGCACAGAUCGGGUUACAGCUCGCCUGGAAGUGACCUGCGCUAGGGUCGCAGGUUCCUUAGGCCCUUAGCAGCCUUCUCCUCCAACGAGUCACUGCCCUAAACACGUGGUGUGCAGCAGCAGCUCCAGCUGCAGCUGAGCCUGUGGUUGUCCCUGACAGACGACUCACUCCGUUACGCUUGCCCCAGCUUUCUUCAUGUUUGUUGCCUCUAGUGAUAGCUGGAGAUGGAGGGCCCUUUGUAAUAGUUCAGCAGAUCCGUAGACAAUCGAGGGAGCAAUGUGGCGGCUGUCCUGCAAAGUGCCAUCCCACCUGUUGAACUAAAUGUGUCCAGGGUGUUGCUUCCCGCCAUUAGAUGAUUUACCACUACUGCCAUCUCCGAGACCCCAGUUAACCAUGUGGUGGACCAUCCAGGACAUGUGAGCAGUUUGAAUCAUGGUUUAUACACAUAAACUAUGCAAUACACAAAAAAUCUCAAACUAGUGUCCUGAAUGUAGAAAUCCAGUUAAUUGGAUCUUGGAUACUUGAAGUAUUGGUGUACUGUGAGUGAUACUAGUAAUCAGCUCUGCAUCCCAGAGACUUCUGUACUUUGAUCAGAGCUAGAGAUGUGUUGCAAUGAAGAUGUGAUAGUAGAGUACUGAAACAAUUUAUACCAAACUGUUUUGCAUGAAAGACAAAGUAACAGACACCAAUGUUUCCAAAAAGUGCCACAAAUAUAGAAUUAGUGGACUGAGCUCGCUCAAAUAAUGUUUAGGAAAUAUAUAAAGGAAUGAGAAAUAGUGCAGGCAAGUAAAUUCAUUUUCAGUGAUACAGAUGAUUGUAUGAGGUAUAUAGGAAUAAUAAAAGAGUAAGUGCCAGGAUGUUAAUUAUCUUGUGAGAAUUUGGUAGUACUGUAAAACCUUGAAAAAUAACAGGAUUGCCACUAGCCCUUCAAGGUAAUGUAACUUGGAGAAGUUUUGUACUGAAUAAUAAUGGUACUAGAAAGAAUGCCAGGAAGAUUAUAGACCCUGUGAGGAGGUAGUACUCUUUGAGCUAGCAGUGAUAUGCCGUCAGAGUGAACGCAACUGUGAGUGAAUCGUGUCAUACAGACACAGAACAUUACCAAGUUAAUUUUACUUGAAAUAUGCAUAAUUUACAUGAUGCUUUACAAAAGAGAAAAUUGCUUGCUAAGGAAUCUCUAGGUUUUAGAAUUUCUGAUCAAACAGUAAUAUAAAUACUUAUUAGUUACAAUGUGUUGUUGGCAUUGUUGUUUAGUCAGACUACCAGGAUCUGCAGAAGAGCAUGGAAAGGAGACAAUCGGUGAGGUGGCCAUAUGACUGCACAAACCUGCAGUGGUAUGCAGGGUGAAGCAAUACUCAUACCACUGCUCACGGGUAAGAGAUGAGAAGGGCUCAGUGCAAAAUUGCAUCCCUGUGCCACCCCACUUAUACCAUGAAGAAAUAUGUGGAGAGGCCUCGAGUAAGCACUGCCCUCAUGUGCCGACCACCACAGCUGACACAGAGAGCGGAACAGCUGCCACCACCAUCCCCUCCAAUCUCUGGCCAGUUGCGGGUGGAGGCAUGGGUGCCACCUUCCCCAUUUGGUGCUCAGUGGCUGGGUUGUUCCUAACAGGGGGUGCUGGCUGCCCUUACAGUUACUUGGCUGCCUUGGUGUGUACAGUCAGAUCUUGUUAGUUAGUAUGCUUUGUUCUUCAAUAAAAGUUAGUAUUUAAUUAAUGCAAUACAUAUUAAUGACACUGAAUCUGGAUUAAUAUUUAAUUUCACAUUACCAACUAAUAUGUAAUAAUAUGGCUUUGCUGUAUCUUGGUGGAGAGCAUAAUCAUUCUCAUCAUCAUUAUUAUUGCCACUAUUAUCACUAUUAUCACCAUCCUCAUCAUCAUCAUCAUCAUCAUCAUCUGUUGAUGUAAUCUAUGGCAGCUGCACUUGUGGUAAUCCAGUGACCCCCUGUUAGGUGGGCCUGGCGCACACUGCUAUGUAGGCUCAGCAUCAAACAUUCCUACAUUUGUAAAUCUUGAAAUAGGUUUCAUUAUGUACAUUCAGCUAUUAGAUAUUAGGGGAGGGAAUUAGUGAUUUGCAGAGUAUUAUUUGAGAACAGAAUGUGAGCAUUUGACUGCAUUUCAUAACAUAUCAUAUUCUUUUAAAUUUAUUGAUAUACUGUAAUUGAAAAGAAUUUGAUUAAAAAUAAAAUCUUACAAAUUCAGAGUCAGUGGAAAUCUAUUGAGAGAAUGAGAAUUGAUCUCCAAAACAGAGAGCAAAGUGUGCCAUAUACAAUAAUGAUAAUUUGCAAUACUAUACUUUACAGUAUACUGUACAGGUAUAUUAGCCUACAUGCUGAAAAAAGUCACAAGAUAAUUUGUCAAAAAUCCUUUACCUGUCAUGUUUUAGCCAUAAUAAAAUAUAUAUUAGCAGGGCUUUGAAAAGUUAAAGAAACAUUAAGUAUGCUAUGCAUGCAGUAUUCAAAAUACACUAUAAAUAUUUCUUAUUGCUAUCAAAACCUAAUAUUUUUUUUUUAAUCAUUGCUAAAAAAAAAAAGGAUGGCAAGUUCUGAAUAAAAUACAAAAUCUGGCAUUCACUGUCUCUGGACUUUUAAGAAUUUAUGUAUAUCAUCUUGUAUACAUAGUAUACCAAUUGAUUUAAUUAUGGAAAAAUGAGUUGUCAUUCUUUUAGAAUUUCCAGAAAGUAAAUCAAGUUAAUUUGCAUGUUAAGACAUUAACAAAUAAAUUUUCUUUAGAUAUUUUUAAUGAAAUAAAACUUUCUAUAAUAACUUGAAUGUUUGGCAAUUAAGUAUGAGCAGCACAUACAUAUAUCUAAAAGGUUAUACAGUAUAACUUAGCUUUUGCAUUAUAGUAAUAUAUAUAUAUAUGAAUGAAAGUUGGGGUUUAAAAUAGUUAGGGAAUUUUCAAAUUUAUCUUUAAUCUUUACACAGUUAUAGAUCACGCUCACCAGUUUUUACAGAGUUGCUCGACAUGUGAUACAGAAAAGUUGUUAUUCUUGAAGUUUGCUACAUUUUUUAUUGCUUUGUACGAUUAUCGCUGUCUAAAUUUACAGGAAAAAGACGAUUAAG